GCGGCCGAGAGAAGAGAGGCGACUGGCCCCGGGUCACCCGGCGGGCACGUGGCGGACGGGGGAUUAGAACCCGGGACCUCUGACUCCCCGGCCCGGGCUCUUCCCGCCGCGCCGCUCCCCUAGGGUGCCAAGAUGCAGGGCGGUAAAGGCUUUAACCCGGAGAAGCAGAACCACGCCCCCCGCAAGCUGCACCACCAGCCCCCCAUGCCGGCCAACGGGCAGCAGGCCAACAGCCAGAAGCGUCUGUGCACCCUGUUCCCGUCGGACGAGGGGCUGACCGUGGACCUGAAGAACUUCCGGAAGCCGGGGGAGAAGACCUUCACCCAGCGCAGCCGCCUCUUCGUCGGCAACCUGCCGCCGGACAUCACGGAGGAGGAGAUGCGCAAGCUCUUCGAGAAGUACGGCAAGGCCGGCGAGGUCUUCAUCCACAAGGACAAGGGCUUCGGCUUCAUCCGCCUGGAGACGCGGACGCUGGCGGAGAUCGCCAAGGUGGAGCUGGACAACAUGCCGCUGCGCGGCAAGCAGCUGCGGGUGCGCUUCGCCUGCCACAGCGCCUCGCUCACCGUGCGGAACCUGCCCCAGUUCGUGUCCAACGAGCUGCUGGAGGAGGCCUUCUCCGUCUUCGGCCAGGUGGAGCGCGCCGUGGUCAUCGUCGACGACCGCGGCCGGCCCUCGGGGAAGGGCAUCGUCGAGUUCUCCGGCAAGCCCGCCGCCCGCAAGGCCCUCGACCGCUGCAGCGAGGGCUCCUUCCUGCUCACCUCGUUCCCCCGGCCGGUGACGGUGGAGCCGAUGGACCAGCUGGACGAUGAGGAGGGGCUGCCCGAGAAGCUGGUCAUAAAGAACCAACAGUUUCACAAGGAGCGAGAGCAGCCGCCCCGCUUCGCCCAGCCCGGCUCGUUCGAGUACGAGUACGCCAUGCGCUGGAAGGCGCUGAUCGAGAUGGAGAAGCAGCAGCAGGACCAGGUGGACCGGAACAUCAAGGAGGCCCGCGAGAAGCUGGAGAUGGAGAUGGAGACGGCCCGCCACGAGCACCAGGUCAUGCUCAUGCGGCAGGACCUGAUGAGGCGCCAGGAGGAGCUGAGACGGAUGGAGGAGCUGCACAACCAGGAGGUGCAGAAGCGCAAACAGCUGGAGCUCAGGCAGGAGGAGGAGCGCCGCCGGCGGGACGAGGACAUCCGGCGCCAGCAGGAAGAGCUGAUGAGGCGGCAGCAGGAGGGCUACAAAGGAAACUUCCCCGAUGUGAGAGAACAGGAGAUGCGGAUGAGCCAGCUGGGCAUGGGAGGUAGGACCCCGUCCCCCCGCCCCCGGGGGCCUCCUCCUCCUCCUCCUCCUCCUGGACCCCGGCGGGCUCGCACCUGCACAGGCCAGCGCCCUCCGCCGCCGCCGCCGCCGGCUGCCCUCCUCUCUGCCCAUCCCGCCUGGAAGAGGAGCCCUGGAGCCGCAUGCGGGGGACCUGGGCCGAGGCGGCAUGGGCAUGAACAGCCGAGGAGCCGUGGGCGGCGCCAACGUGGCCGCCGGGGCCCCCAACGCCCCCGGCCCCAUGAUGCCCGACGGAGCCAUGGGGAUGACCCCGCCGCCCAACGAGCGCUUCGGCCAGGGCGGGGCCAUGGAAGGCAUCGGGGCCGAUGGGCGCCGGCACCCGGGCUUCGGGCCGCGGAGCCCCGCCAGGGACUUUGACCCCAAGCGCCGCCGAUACUAGCGGGACGGAGCCCGACCCCCCGA